UUUUAUUGUGUUACUUUUAUUCAUCACUGUUGUUACUUGACAAUGAGCAAAGUAUAUUGAGUUUGCUGCUUUGAAUGAGCAGUGUGAACUGCUUUAAUGAUUGGUGAUGCCUACAUUGCCAUGUAAUGAAAACCCAUUUGAAUUUGAUCAGUUGUACAACUUUAGAAAUAGGACUUGAAUUUGAAACAGACGUUGUUCAUGCUUUAUACCUUAAACAGAAGUGUUGUUAGUUAAGUGUGAACAAUGUUCAUUUGAAGUAAUUCUGACCUCAGUCAGGUUUUUUGAUUUGGAGAAAGGAGUCGAGACUCCACGGAGAACUUUGGAUUACAGACUUUGUGGAAAUCCGCAGAAGAGGAAUAAUUUUCCAUUGCAAUGGAUGGCAAGCCGCAGCCCAUAUGGAACUGAAUCUUGAAGUCUGGUUCCCUGAACUGUGGUAGGACAAAACUGUGCAAACCAUACAUCGAUUGUGGACUGAACUCACACCAAUAAACUGCCAGAUCACCAAACAGCCCUGAACUGGAUUCCAUUGACACUUUAAAAGACCCGGGUCUGACAUUCGUUUCUUUUUUACUUUUUGGGUAUCUGUGCGCGCACACACAAUUUUGGUUAUUAUUGUCAAAUGCAAUACAGUGUACAAAUUUCAAAGUUGAACCAUUACUUCAUCAUUUGCGGUUGUGUUUUCAUUGUCGUUACCCAUCCUCUAUGCUCCGUUCCUGAAGUCUUCUGAUUUGCCCAUUGUUUAUAUAUUUUGUUACAUACUGGUUACAUUCUUCUAAGAAAGCAAGACUCAGACUUGGCCUCGAGAUGGUCUACAAGAAAUAAAUGCUUGUAGCAAGUUUCAGUAACAAAAUGGGGUGACAUAAUCAUUGGCAAAUAGGACAAGUAUGGUCAAAGUUUUCUCUGAAUGCUGCACUGACCACACUGGAAAAGCCUUUGAAACAGUAUUACAUACUACAACAUUUCAGCAACACUUGCUUAAAAAGAAGACUAUGUUCAACCUUCAUUUUCACCGCACACUGUGAUCUGUGAGUUUAUGCAGAGGCAGUGGGUUACCUCUAUUACUUGUUUGUAAGGUUUUAGUUAAGAACACACAGCAUACAUGUUUAAUGAGUGAUACAUUCUUUGAAUUUUAAAAGCUUCACACUCAUGGCAUCUGCUCUGAAAAAAGCUAAAUGACUGUACCUGGAAGAAUCACACCAUUUUUAGACACUCAUGUCACAGCUGACAAGGAUUUUCAGUGUAGAAACAAAUUAGGCACACAUCGGGAGAAAUGGUAUCAAAGUAUGUUUGAAGCUCAGAAGAGUAUGUCUUGUUCUCCUGCCAGAUACAUAGUCAAAGAUGUUUGAGAGACAGGAAGUAUACACAAAGCUUCACAGCUGUCUUCCCACUUUAGACAUGAAUGGAAUCUGUACAGCAGAGUGAAGAUCACAAAAUAGGGACAUUUUCACACCUGAGCUACUCUGUAGUAAAACGGCUGUUUGCUAAGAGGAAAUUCCAUCAAUCCAUUUUCUUCUGCUUAUCUGGGGCCGGGCAGCAGAGGAGCCCAGACCUCCCUCUCUCAAGCAACCACCUCCAGCUUAUCCAGGAGAACACAGAGGUGUUCCCAGGCAAACUGAGAGAUAUACAGUGUGUCUGUCGCGGUGGGACAUGCCCAAAACACUUCACCCACGAGGUGUCCAGCAGAUGUCUCAUUUCCCGAGCCACCUCAUCUGGCUCCUUUCAGUGUGGAAGAAUAGUGUCUCAAAUCUCCUCCAUUUGGCUAACCUCCUCACCCCAUCUGUAAAGGAGAAGCCAGCCACCCUUGAGAGAAAGCUGAUUUCCACCUCUUGCAUCUGCAGUCUCAUACUUGCAUUCACCACCCAAAGCCCAUGACUGUGGGUGAGGGACAUAGAUUGACCCGUAAAUCAGAGCUUCGCUUUAUGCUCAGCUCUCUCUUUACCAUGACAGACUGGUACACUGUCUGCAUCACUGCAGCCGCAGCACCAAUCCGUCUGAGUUGGCACUCCGGUCUGUUAUCUGUUGCUGAGGACCAUUGACUCGGAUUUGAAGGUGGAGCUUCUCUUUUCCGCCGCUUCACACUCAGCCUCAAACCGCUACCGUACAAGCUGGAGGCUACCACCUGAUGAAGCUAACAGAACUACAAAAAGAAAUUCCAUCCUUAAAAGUAAUGAACAAAAACCGAGACAAAGGCCACCCUGGCAAAGUCCAACACCCACUGAUAAUGAGUCCGACUUAAUCCCGUCAACACAGGCCAAGCUCUUGCAACGUUUGUAUGAGGACUGGCUCAUAGCAAAGGGGCCUGAGAGCCCAUACUCCUACAGAAUAUACUGAGGGAUGCAGUUGAAUGCCUUCUCCAAGUCCAGACAACACUUACAGGGCAAACUCCCACCCACUCUCAAAUAUCCUCGAGAGGAUAAAGAGCUGGUUCAGUGUUCAACGACUAGGACGAAAAUUGCAUUAUCCUCCUUCAUCCAAGGUUCAGCUAACGAAAAGACUUCUUUCCAGCAUAGACUUUCCCAGGGAGGCUGUGGAUUUGUGAUGCCCCUAUAGUAGGGACACACCCUCCAGACCCAUUUCAGACCACCCUGGCCUCACCAUAGUCCUCCCAUACCUGGGUUUUUGCAUCAGCAAUUGCCGAAGUCACAUUCCGCUUGGCCUGGUGGUACUCCAUACCUUUGGCUGCCACUGAAGUCCUGCAAGCUAACCAAGCCCAAUAGGACUCCUUCAAGAUGGUGGAAACCUCGUUUCCACCAUGUUGUUCGGGGUUUACCACCUUGCAGUCACAGCUCAAUGCAGCAGCCUCAGCAACAGAGGUGCUAAACUUUGGGCCAUUUGGACUCUGUGUCCCCAGACUCCUUCGGUAUGCUGUUGAAGCUCUGCCAGAGGUGGAUCUCGUGGACCAGGGGCCUCUGCCAGGCAUUGCCAGUGCACCCUCAGUACAAGUUUAGGUGUGUCAGCAUUCUUCCUCGCAACCUCAUCCAAUUCGCCAGCGGGUGGUAAUAGACUGACAGCUCAGACUCUCUCUUCACCCGAGUGUCCAGAAUAUUCAGCUGCAGAUCUGAUGAAAAGAUUACAAAAUCAGUCAUCGACCUGUGACCUCCUGGUGCCUCGUGCACUAGUGGACUUUGUCACAAACUGUGGUUUGCACAGAAGUCCAGUAACAGAACACCGCACGGUCCAGAUCAGGCAGGCCCUUCCUCCGGGUCUCACUGUCAUUGCCGACCCCGCUCACAUUCUUCACCCCGCAUUUCAAUGGCUUCCCUCUGGGCGGCGCCUCCGCUGCAUUUCCUGCAGGACUGAGGGGAGGAGCGCCACCUUUGUCCCCAAAGCCACUCUGCUUUUUAACUCCAGCUGAUAAGAACAUUUCCCACACCAGAAACAUAAACUACACUCUUUUUAUACUGCCGACACUUUACUCACUUUUACUCAGUUAUUUAUUCACCUAUUCAGUCAAAUUAAUUUUAAAACUAUAUAUUCUGUGUAUUUGUUAUCUCACUCUUAUCGCCUGCUUAUGCCCUGUUCUUAUCUUCAACGUCAUGCUGCUCUGUUGUAUCUUAAUUGCUCCUUGGGGAUAAAUAAAGUCAUUCUGAUUCUAAAUGGGAUACAUUGACACGUCUCCUAGUAGAACAACAGAGUCUCCAGGUGGAGAACCCUUGAGCGCCCCACCUAGGGUUUCCAAGAAGGCUGGGUACCCUGAACUGUCAUGCAGAUGACAGUCAAGACCUGUUCCCAAAGGCACAAGGAACAAACCACUCGCCCACUUGGAAAAACUCCCAAAGUAAAAGCAGCAAGCUGAGUGGAUACAAAAUUAAGGGAAUAUAAAAUUAAAGGUGGUGUUGAUUUCGCUGAGAGAAUUAGUCAGUGGGAAAUGGGGCUUAAAAAAGCCUGGUUGACUUGUGGUGACUUGGCUGCCAUCUGGGCAACACUGGACAGUUUUUAUUUCAGGGAAUAACUGGGAAAAGAGCAAUGUCUGCAAAUUCGCUAGAAUAGAAAAAACAGUCAAAUAUGAUGAAAAAAAACCACUUCAAAGAUUGAAGUUUGAUAAAUGACGAUAUUAUUCUGAUCAUUUAUUAAACUUUUGUUGCCAUUAGCUCAGUCGUUGAUAUAAAUGGCAGGUUUUAUAGCUGCUACAUAUUUGUUUUGUUUUUCCUUUCUGCAUCACGAGUUGCCACUUCACAUGAACACAUCUGUCUGAAUAGCAGUAGAACAGGCAGAGAGAGAGAGAAAGGGAGGGCUGUUUAGCAACACAGGCAUCGCUACAGCCUUCACCCAAAACGAAGCUCAUGAAAACGGAAGACGUCCUCCUCCUGCUCUCCCUGUCACCUUAACGCCUGAUACUGUUCCUCUGCCACAAUGAGCGAAAGGUGACCUGUAAGCACCCGGUGUCUGGGUUCCCCUCACAAGACAACUGCAUCUUUGUGGUUAAUGAACAAUCGGCUCCCAAGUCUUCGUCGGAACAGGGAAGCAGCAGUGACAAGAAGGAGCGUCCUAUGAGUACCAUGAGUGAAGCGUCAAACUACACAGGUGGCUCCGAUUACAGCACCUUCACUGGCAGCCCAGCCACCACAGUCACUACUGCCAUUACCACUUCCACCUCAUCUACACGGCCUUCUAGGUCUUCCAGAAAAGUCCACAACUUUGGCAAGAGGUCCAACUCAAUCAAGAGAAACCCCAAUGCCCCAGUGGUGAGGAGCAGCUGGCUUUACAAACAGGACAGUACAGGCAUGAAGCUGUGGAAGAAGAGGUGGUUCGUCCUGUCUGACAUGUGCCUCUUCUACUACCGUGAUGAAAAAGAGGAUAGCAUCCUAGGAAGCAUCCUGUUGCCCAGUUUUCACAUAUCUAUGUUGUCGGUGGAUGACCACAUCAGCAGGAAAUAUGCCUUUAAGGCCACGCACCCCAACAUGCGGACAUAUUACUUCUGCACUGACACAGCCAAAGAGAUGGAGUCCUGGAUGAAAGUCAUGACAGACGCUGCUCUCGUCCACACUGAACCAGUCAGAAGAACGGACAAGUUGAAAGGGGACCAGCGGAGACCGCAAGAGCUGAACAACCUGCUGAACCACAGAGUCCUCACACGGCCCGAGAUCCAGAACAACGAACGCAAUCGAGAACCUGCGUGUCAACAUUCCCUGUCGCAGGUCGACGACAAAUGGCAAAAAGAUGUUGUGAAACACAAUGACCAGAGGGAGCAGGAGUAUUACACCUUACAGCGGGAGGGAGAAAGGUACUCUCUGAAGAAAGAGGGCGUGAGCUACAUGCUGCAGAAGGAUGGAGAUAGGUAUCUCCUGCACAAGGAUGGAGAAAAGUACCUCCUGAGAAAGGAUGGGGAGAAAUACUCGCUGCAGAAAGAUGAAAAAGUGUACACCAUUCACAGAGAUCUGGAGAAGUGCGGCGUCCGUAAAACGGAUGAUAAACACGCGGUGACGCCGGCUGAGGAAAAGUACGCACCCUCCAAAGAUGGGGAGAAGUAUCUGCUCGCAAAAGACGGAGAAAAGUACGCGCUGCAGAAAGUAGGCGACCGACACACGCUCCAGAAAGAUGGAAAAAAGUGCCUCUCUCAAAAGGAGGUCAAGAGACAGCUGUCAUUAAAGGAAACUGAAAGGUUCAGCACUAUGAGGGAGAAGGAUAAUAAAUAUGGCACUAUACAAGUUAUGGACAAAUACAGCACUAUGAAAGAAAUUAAGAGAUACAGCUCGUUUCGAGAGGGGGAUAAAUACGCGACUCUGAGGGACGCAGAGAAAUGUGCUACGGUUUGUGAUAAAUACGGCUUUCAGAGAGAUCCGAGCACCGACAGGGCUCUGACUAAAAUCAACAGCAUCAAGCUACAACCAGCCCAGGCUGCUGCCAUCGCAGCUGCGGUGUCUGCGUCUCGCCAGAACCAGGCCAACAUCAGCGCCCAGAAACCUGCACAGGUCAGUGGCUCAGGGUGUGGGACAGGCGAGCAGCAAAGGGACUGCAGCCCCACAGAGGUGGAUGGCAACCUGGCCAGGGUUCCCGUAAAGUCUCCAGCUCCAGUCCAGGAGCCAGAAAAGGGUUUGUCCAGGACCAACUCCAUGCAGCUGCUGGAGCACUGGGUCCAUCCGCAAAGGAGAGGACUGGACGAUAACCCAAAGAGUGUUACAUCGUACCAGACUUUACCGAGAAACAUGCCCAGCCACCGUACCCAGAUUGUACCCCGCUACCCUCAGGGGUACCGCACGCUGCCCCGCAACAGCAUGAUGAGGCCCGAAAGCAUUUGCAGUGUGGCAGGCUCGGUAUAUGACCGGGCCCUCCAUCCAGCCUGCACGUCUGCUGUUAGCACAACAGAGAAGAGAAAAUCAAUGAGGGAUGACACAAUGUGGCAGCUCUAUGAGUGGCAGCAGAGGCAGGCCUUCUCCAGGCAAAGUCUGGCUCAGCCAGCAGGUGUGGGUCAUUACGGCACGCUGCCCAGCAUUAAAACCAUGGGCAACAUCUCCCAACAUGCCGUGGCGCACUCCAUUCCCACUUCCCCAUCUCAUGGCUCUCUGGCUCUGUACAGCACAUUCUCCCCUUCUCGUCAGCAGGUUGCUCAAAAUCAUAGUAGCUCCCACUCUGAGGUUUCUUCGCCCAUAUUGAGGGGGGACGUGACUCUUGAUCGCCGGCACAGGACACACCUUGCGAAGUACGGAUACACAGCUGAUCGACGAUCCAUUGCAGUUGGCAUCCCAUCUCAGACUAUCACUCCACAGUCUCUGCAGGGCAAGACGCCGGAGGAGCUGACACUGCUGCUGAUCAAGCUUCGCCGGCAGCAGGCGGAGCUCAACAGCCUGCGGGAACACACAGUAGCUCAGCUAAUGGCCGUUGGUAUGGAAGGGCACAACGCAAAGACUGAUGUUCUCUUCCAUCAUCUCCAGAGGAACCUUAUAUACCUGGAAAGUCAGACGAAGGAGAAUGAGCCUCUAAUCUUCAUGAUUCACACUAUGAUUGAGAACUCUGCACCAAGGCCACAACUCUACCAGCAAACGAGUUCAGAUGACUACAAAGACGGCGCCUUCGUUCAGCGCCCAGAGGAGGCUGACAUAGAUACCAAGCUGAGCAGACUGUGUGAGCAGGACAAAGCAGUGAGGAUGCAGGAGGAGAAACUGCAGCAGCUACACAGAGAGAAGCACACUCUGGAGACAGCGCUGCUGUCUGCCAGUCAGGAGCUGAGUGAACAGAGUGACUCCAAUGCAGCAGCCACACAGAGCCUGGUCCAACAGAGAGAUGUGCUGCAAAAUGGGCUGCUCAGCACCUGCAGGGAGCUGUCCCGAGUCAGCACUGAGCUAGAGUGCUCCUGGAGGGAGUACGACCUACUGGAGGCAGAUGUUACUCUGGCCAAAUCCAACCUACUGGAACAGCUGGAGGCCCUGGGCAGCCCACAGACAGAGCCUCCAAGUCAGCGGCACAUUCAGAUCCAGAAAGAGCUGUGGAGGAUCCAGGAUGUGAUGGAGGCGCUGUCCAAGAACAAACCCCAGCGGAGCACAAAUAGCAGUUUUCUUGGUUCAAAGCCACUCAGCAUCCAGCAGAAGAAUGAGGCAGUCACUCAGCCACUCAGUCCUCCCAAGGAGGGCAACAGCGUACCCCCCCGCCCGCCUCUCCCCCAGUACUACGACUCAUCAGACCGCCCCCCUCAAGUGCCCCCCCACCACUUGCACCGUGGUGGGCCCAUGCCCUCCCACAAUUAUCGUCCUGAAGACCGCAAAACCGGCACCAGGAAUGGAGCACACAGUCAAGCUCCAGAUUACCGGCUAUAUAAGAGCGAGCCGGAGCUGACCACGGUGAACGAGGAAGUGGACGAGGCCAACGGUGAAGAGAAGGACAAGGCUGAGACUGAAAGUAAAGACGGCGCAUCAUCCAAAGUGUCCCCGUACCGAGUGGGUGUCAUCCCCCCCAGGACCAAAUCCCCAAUGAGCCCUGCCGAGUCCUCCACUAUUGCUUCCUACGUUACCCUGAGGAAGACCAAGAAACCUGAAUCCAGAUCUGAUCGUCCCAAAAGUGCAGUGGAUCAAAUAGGAUUUGGGGAGAGAGAGGUGGGCAGAACAAGGAUGAGUGUAGAGGAGCAACUGGAUCGACUAAGAAGAAAUCAGGAGGCCUUGUUGCUCCGUGAGAAAAAGAAAGAAACCCCAACCCGCUCACCAUCCUUCAGCAAAGACAAUCCAUUUCUUAUUCUGCAGAGUCGUAUCCCAGCAGGAGCCGGUGCAGACCCUUUGGAGCUGGAGGCUGCACUGCAGCAGCUGAAGGUGGAGCACAAGGAGCAGAGCAGAGCUUCUGUUGACGCUGCAGGAAACUGCACAGAAAGAACGCUGACUGUUGCAAAGGAGAUGCCCACAGCAGAGGAGGUGAAAAAUGGCAAAUGUGAGGAAGUAAAGCAAGACGGGAACACGGGCCUGAAGAGUGUGGAAGAGCCACAGGUUACGAUGGGCAGAUUAGAUCAUGAGCUGUGUGAGAGUCAAAAGGUGGUGAUCCUGGACUUGGGCACGGAGCCUCAGCGGGUGGAGAUUGUGAACCUUGAGCCCUUCGAGGACGACGAAAGCCGAGAGCAAGAUCUGACCAGCUCACCUACAAAUGCCACCACUGAAAACAGCUUCCAGAUUGUUGAGCCUGAGACUCCAAGCCCUGAGCCCGAGGUCGAAGAGAUGACACAACCGUCGAGGGGAGAUAAGAACCUCGGGAAGAGCCUGGAUUCAUACAACCAGCUGACAGCAGACAACAAAAAACACAACAACAGUAUUUUGGCAUCGCAGACGUUCACUUUGGUGAGCAGUGACACGUGAGCAAUGGCGGCCUGGACAUCCUCACUGGCGUCCCAUUGAGCUCAAAUGUAGCCAGCCUGCACAGAGCAAUGCUUCCUGCAUUUACAACGAAAUCUGUUGGCACUAGUGUUACGUGCCAAUACAGAGACGGAGACUGAGAGGAUGAUGAUUCAGACUGACCGACACCUAGACGACCAGCCAUCAUAUUCAAAGAGGCAGAUAUUCUGUAUCUUUAGUGCUCAUUAGAUCUGCCGGCACAUACUCUGUCCUUAAGCAAAACACAUUCUGUGGAGAUGUCAGCAUAUUCUAGGACUGUAAAAUGGUUUAG